CUUCUUUCUUUUCCAAAUCGUUCAGCGAGGUACCUGCCAGGAUGAACGACACAGUGACUGUCAGAACCAGGAAGUUUAUGACAAACCGUUUGCUUCAGAGAAAGCAAAUGGUUGUCGAUGUUCUGCAUCCUGGCAAGGCAACUGUUCCCAAGACAGAAAUCAGGGAGAAGCUAGCGAAAAUGUACAAAACCACACCAGAUGUAGUUUUUGUGUUUGGCUUCAGAACUCAGUUUGGUGGUGGUAAGACAACAGGCUUUGCUAUGGUUUAUGAUUCCUUAGACUACGCAAAGAAGAAUGAACCCAAACACAGACUGGCCAGGCAUGGUCUGUAUGAGAAGAAGAAGAGUUCAAGGAAGCAGCGCAAGGAACGAAAGAACAGAAUGAAGAAAGUUCGGGGUACAGCUAAGGCCAAUGUUGGUGCUGGGAAAAAGAAGAAGUGAAGUUUCUUUAGCAGUGAGACCGGAUAUCCUGGGAAUGCCUUAUCUCUGAAGAUAUUGUUUUUUGUUUAUUGUACUCAAAUAAACAGGAGAAAAAAGGAAAA